UGAAGCCUUUGACCCUUUGCACUGCACGGGUGUGUGUGUAUAUCCAGAUACACCCACGCAUGCAGUCCUCCGGCAUUUGCGAAAAACCUUUGACCCUGCUCAGUGUCACGCAAUGAAAAAUCAAUCAGCCAAUGACUGCAAAACUUUGCGAAGGCGAAGACGAGCCGACUCUGCACUUUCCCCGCCUGUGACGUCAAUGCGGCUGAAUGACCGCUGCUGCGUCAUCUGAUCAAAUUGAACUACUAUCAUCGGGUCUUUAUGUCAUAACAACUUAUUUCUGCCAUCGGUUCCGCUGCCCGUGUCCAUUGUCCGAAACUAACCUUUCACAAGAUCUGACUUCGCAUAUCCAAUCGCUACACUUAGAGAAACGUAAAGCAUUGUAGAAUUUUAAUAAGUAUAUGACACAAAUUGAGUUAUAUAGAGAGAGCUAGAGUGAUGUAUGCAUAGAAAUUGAUAUAUGUAUACUGUAUGCACUUCGUGUUUUCAGUCUUGUUAACAAUGUUUUGAGUAACCUUUGACGUCUGUUCCUUUUCUGAGAAUUUAAAAUCAAUUUCUGGGCUUAAGAGAAUAAUGACUGCGAGAACGACAUAGCCAAGAUUUGAAUCGUUGAGUAAAAAACCGUUGCUUAAUACUAUUUGUCAUACCUCAUUAUUCGUGUGUAUCUACAUUGGUUCGGUACUUUCUUCAUGCUUUCGACCAGGUCACGUUUUGCAGUACCAAACUCCGUCACAUGGGUUGAUUACGAUGUGGACAGCAGUGGAGUUAUCUGCCCUAAUCUGCCCAAUCUCAAGGGUUUCUUUGUUUACAUUUUGUAGAUAUGUAUAGCGUUAGAGGUCUAAGAGACAAAGCAAUUCCCCCAAUCGAAGGUUGCUAGGUUGGUUGACUCAUCCCGAGUGACAAUUGUUGAUAUACUGCGGCGCACUGCAGAUUAAAUUUCACACUGAUGAAUAAUUAGACUAAUGAUAGCAAGUUGCCGCAUCUAAGAUCGUUGCAAGGCCUUCAACAUGAGAUACUUAGAUACCGAAUAGGAUAUCCAACGGCAGCCAUCUGAGCAAACAGCAACCAGAUAGAUGAGCGCUUAAGUUAUUUUUAAUAACUACACGUACUCGACAAAUGAUGCGAAAAUAUUUACUCUUAUGGUGGUUUACUCUUGCUUUUCGGCAAGAAAGAUAUAUUCCUCUGGAACAACAAUCUGAAGUGUGCUGCCAUAAAUCUGAGAAUUGUUAAUUCAGCUGUCAUCUAUCAGCACACAGGUUGCAAAUCAAAUCAGGCGAAGCUUUCUUAUCUCUUUUGCCAGCUUAUCUUGAUGAGCGAACCCAAUACACCUGCUAACGCUCUUCAAAUACUUUUAGAUGUUAAGCUAUCUCUGAAGUCCCCCCUCGUGAUCCUUCGGAGUCGUUGCUUCGUUUGUGACGUUUCACAACUUAUUCACAUUUUUAUAAAUAUUUUUCUGUCCACACAAAAAUCUACAUUCCUCACUUCCAAUGAAAUCCCAUCCGGAGGAAGCUGUCCAACUGGUGAAGGCAUUUGCGAAAUUCGAAUGCAAUGCCCCACACACACGACACAUUUCCGGAAGGCAGUUCGAGUUGCUCUAUUGACAUUGGUUACCAAGAUACAGUCAUCCUGCGCAGCUAUGCUCCUAAGGUGGCAGAGGAUGGUGAGGCGGGGGAAGAGCAAGAAAAGGACCAGGAGAAGAAUGUUGGGCUAACGGAUCUGUUUAUCAAUCCAACUGCCAUAAAUUGCAUCUCCCUUUCUGAACUAAACAUCCAGACUGGCGCAUUCAACACACUGAAAGAGCGUUCUCUGUUCUCAUUGGGCUACUCAACAGCCGGGUUUCUAAAGAAACCGAAAAUCAAUAAGACUCCAAAAAGGAAGGUCAAUUUGUACCAAGAGAUUGUGAGCCUUGUAAAGCGACGUGCCCAGACCAAUUCAGAGGUCACCAUAGGAAAGAAAAGGCAUCCCGUCCACCUGAUGGUCUUACAGAGCUUUUCGCGAAUGUUCCGCGAUAUGGGCAAUGACUUGAGCGUGGACCUGCCUGAAGAGAUGAUAACGCCACGCUCCUUCGGCCUAAUCUACGAAUGGAUGAUCGAAAACAAGCCUAUCCUGCCGCGCCUUGGUCUACUUGAGGUUUUCCACGCUGCCAGUUUUCUGGAGAUUCCACAGUUGAUCAGUCAGUGCAAGUAUUGUUUAGAUCAUGGCUUCACUGAGGACUCCGCUGCAAUGCUAUACUUUGAGGCAAAAAUUCUGAAACUUGAGGUCAUCCAUUUGGAACUUCUUGAGCGCGUCUCAACGUUUUUUCUCACGCUGGUGGCAUCGAAAGAAUUUUUGAAACUGCCCCUAAAAUCAAUGCUCUCGCUAAUCCAAUCGGAUCUGAUAGGCGUGAAUACGGAGCUGGAGGUCUUCAUGGCAGCCGCUCGGUGGCUAAGCCACCACUGGCCUCAAAGACAGGGAAACAUAACGGAUGUUGUAUCCAGUAUACGUUUUGGACUAAUCCCGCCGUGGUUGCUCAUCCGUUUGCAGAAACCGGAUGUCACAUCUGUGGGGGUGGGGAAAAUAGUAGCACAGCCCAUUGUGCGCCAAGCCAUCCAUGAUGGCAUCGCAUACACGACCACGCGACUGUUUUAUGGUUCAGAUCGCGAGGCUUUUAUGCAGUAUUUGCAUAAGACUUGUGUAAAGCCACCCGUGCAACGCACCUGGAUAUACGACCGGAAAUGUCCCUAUCACCAUCGCAUGCAAUGCAGGAACACGUUGGACCUAACCUACGAGGCGUUCCUUGAAUAUCUUAACUACCUGCAACGCCAGCACCGGGAUUACUGGAAGAGUCUGGAACCAGUAGAUAAAAGCAAUGUGUGCUUUAGUUGCCAGGCAAAAAAGUCUGAUUUAACUAAGCCAAACAGUUGAGUUUCCACGUAGUUUGUACAACUUGUUGUUUGUAAAACUUGUAAAAUAUAUAUUUCUACUUGUA